GGUACAGUUGUGUCCCGUUCUCGCCAUAUAAGAGUGGAUCUGUUAUGGAGACCCCAUCACACCGCAGUUCACUUUUACGCAGUGGAGAUGAGCAGACGGAUAGUGAAAUCCAACCCGGCCAUGAAACUAAUAGUGCUCUUCACAGCUUCUCUAUCCUGGGCCUUUCAGCAACCAGCUUUACCACCAAAGUACCAUCAUCGAGACCCUGUGACGUCUGACCUUCUCUUAUGCGAGCAGUGCCCCCCCGGCACCGCCGUUAAACAUCACUGCACCGCCGACACGCCCACUGAAUGCCAGCCCUGUCCUGAGAGGCACUUUGCUGAGAACUGGCACUGGGGGGACACAUGCCAGUACUGCACUUCGAUUUGCAAGGAGAAACAGCUCGUGAGACAAUUUUGCAACAGCACCCACGACCAGCUCUGUGAGUGUGCUCCAGGCUUCCACCUAGAGGUGGAGUUCUGUAUUGCCCACAGUUCCUGUCCACUUGGUUAUGGAGUGACGGCUUUAGGGACACCAGUGAGUGACACUGUGUGCGAGCGUUGUCCUGAUGGUCAUUUCUCCACCGGCGGUUCCACCACUGAGCCGUGUCAGCCCCACAAAAACUGCUCAGAUUUGGGUCUGAAGACAUUGAGGUGGGGCACAUCGACUUCGGACAGCAUCUGUGACUCCCAGGACAAGAAGGCACCACCGGAGUGCUCUCAUCCUCACUCGUUGUGCCAUACUGAUGUGACUCUUUGUGAGGAGGCAGUUUUCCAGUCACUAGCCUCCCUGAGACUGUCUUCUGUGUCCCUUGAACGGCUGCUCGAGAGUCUUCCUGGGCAGCGGGUGGAUCAUAAGAGCCUGGAGAGGCUGAAGAAGGCCUGUUCUCCUCAGCAGCAGGUCCUACAGUUGCUGCGACUGUGGAGAGAGCAAAACAAGGACCAGGGCAAGCUGUAUGGAAUCAUACAAGGUGUGAGCCACUGUGAGAGAAAGGUCUCCCGCUGCAACAACCUUAAAAACCUAACCCUCGCCGACCUCAGGAAGGUAACAAACAGCCUGCCAGGGAUAAAGGUUCAGGAUGAAGAUGUUCAAGCCAUUGUCUCAGGUUGUCCAUCCAGACAGUACAUCUUGCAGAUUGUCCACCUUUGGAAAACAGCAAACUACAACCUGGAUCUUGCAAAAGGUCUAUCUCAGAGUCUGAGGGUGCUACGCAGCCAAGGAGCACCACGCUAUCUGCUGAAAGGCCUCAAGAAGAUCAGUCGCAUCAUAGGAACCGCCCUGGCACCAAAGAUGUAUGAAAAGAUGUUUGUUAGCAUGCUUAAGGAUGAGUCGUGUUUUAAAGCUCACAAGCCAUUAAAUGAAUGAGGUAUUGAAGAGUGAAUUCAAGGAUUUAUGCAGUCUACAGAAUAUCCAAAAACUAAUGAAUGGUCAGUUAAAACACUAAAAUAUACACAUACGCUUCAGACAGCAAUGGCACAGUUUGGGGAAAUAAUAAUAGACUUUCAAAAAUAUAAAUCAUUUGUAUAUAGACAUUUCUUCGUAUAAAAUUAUAUCAGACAGGAAUCAGAGAUACUUUCUUUCAGUUGUAUGACUUUAUGUAUUGGGGUAUUAUAUAGAAAAAAGUUUGGCCCUUACCAGGUCUUACAUUUAGUGAAAUACAACUUCAUAUGAGCAGCAAAACUAGACAGAGAACUGGCUCCUUCCAUAGGAAUUAAUAGCCAAGUUGCAUGUUUGGAGAAUUCCAAACAAACCAUGCUUUCAAAAAUCUCUUACCAUCUGUUAAGAGCAGUGGUCAUUAAGCCGACCAAAACAGCUCCUGUGUCACAAAGUAUUCUUGAGGCAACAGGGUAAUGACACCUAAGCACACCUACAAAUCUACCACAGAAUUUCAGAACAUGUAAUGAAUCAAGGUGUUUCCUGUCUCAGCCUCAUUCAAAUGCUGUAGUAAGCGCAUGUGGGACAAUUGCAGAAACAAAUGUCUACAAACUGCAAUGAAAUGAGUCAAUAUUUUACAGUCAACGGAAAAAUUCUCCAAAGAUUCUUAGUGUGAUAGCAUGACACAGAAAAUGGUUAUUUACACUUAAUUCUGCGAUUCUACAAGUCAUAUGGUUUCUGCUCUUUUUUCUGGUUAUUUUUAAAGAAUAGUAACAGAUUUCACAUGUGGUUGGCAAUCGAUCUAAUUCUAAGAAAUUAUAUCAAAGAGAUACAUUUCUUUAUAACGCAUAAAACCUUAACACUGAAAGAGGGUGGCCUUUUCUUUUUAAAAGACUAAGAAAGAUUAGAAAAAUAGAAUUUAUUUUUAAAAAAUGAAAUGAGGUAACAGGGGAUGUUGCAUAUCCUCACCAACAAUCUGUGUGCGGUAGUUUAUUUGAUAUACCUGAAGAGAAUCGAAAAAGUUCCACACUUAGUGACUUCCACACGUCUGUUUUCCUGGAAACCUUUUGACCAGAAUCUGUGAAAAAAUGGUACACUAUUUAAGAUGUAAAUAGCACACUGUUUUAUGGAAGAUGGGCUGGCAGAUUCUGCGUUUUUUAUUAGUGCUUUCUCGCUGUUUGAGAGCAAGAAUUCGAUUUCAUAAUGAAAUACAUUUAUUUUUUUUUUGGCUGUCCUUUGAUGGGUUGUUUGUUCUGGACUGCUGAUUAGUAAAGCUUGUUUGAUUUUUUUCUCAGUUAUAUGAAUGUACAGAGGAGUGCAAUUGUUCUUUAUUUAAACUGUCAUUUUACUUCCUGAACAUGUAAAAGCUUGUGUUUAUUACUUUUAUCAGAAAUACUGGAUUCCAAAUGCUGCAAGGUUAUUAAGUGAUAUUUUUUUAUAUUUUGUCUUAUCACUUUUUUUUACUAUAACUGUAUAAACAUGUAUUGUAUAUUUGCUUGACUGGUCCACUUUUUUUGACAAAGUUGUGAAGAUGACAAAUAAUCUAACUAAAUUCUGUUUGUGAGAAUACUUUGUUUCAUCAUAAAUAAGCAAUGAACAGAAAAAUGGUUGACUUUGACUUUUAUGCUGGCCUUUGAAAGAGCAAAAAAAAAAAAGAGAUAAAAAGGUCACAUUUCCUACAUUUUUAUAUUGAUUUUCUUUUUAGGUGACACUUCAAGCUAAAGAUAAUUCAAGGUUAUAGCAAUCUAGGACACUGCUCAUUUAUAUCAGUGAGCGGUCCUAUGUUGUUCCACUGGACAUACAUGGCAUAUAUGCCUCCCCAAAUCAUUAUUUUUCCAUAAAUUAUGCAGAAGGAAAUAAUAUCUGUCAUAGUGCAUGCACAGCCAAUAAAAAGAACUCACAAAAAUAAGCUACAAAUAUAUUUUCUCUGACCUGGGACAGGGAGUUUUUAUAUUCACAAGCUUGUAUUCAUUGAACACAGUCCCAGUGUUGGGAGGUGUUUUUAGAAUACAACAUUGCUAUAUCUGAGACUCCAUGAAACCUCAGGGUCAUAUUGUUUUGGAACAUGUACUUUCCCGUGGAGAAGUGUGAGUAUGCAGUAGUUACUUUGAAAUUUAAAGCAACAAGGCAAACUUAAUUCAUUAGGCAAGAAAUGGCAUAAUGCCAAUCAUACAAAGAGACAACUCAAAGAUAUCUAUAUUAAGCAAAUAGGAUGCAAAAUGUUACUAUUACAUGAAAAAUAUCAGCCCAACUUGGAUUUGAUGGAAGCAGCAGGGUUUAAAAGAAUAAUUAGGAUGUGUAUAUACAAAACAUGCAAGGCAGGAAAAGUAUGUUACAACAAAACGAGCAAGGCAAAGGAAUAUGUUACAAUUGAUUCACUUAAUUUUUACCAUGUCGGUAAGAUUAGGACAUGUGAGGUCUCCGAGAAGUAUAAGAAUUAUGGAAAUUCUGAGUAACAGUUUCAUAUUGGAAGUACAGACAUAUCAUAUCAUCAAGUGCAUAUAGUGAUAUAUCCCAAAAAAAUCAUUAAUGGUCAGAAAUCAUUGUGUGUUCUGGUUGCCAGUCAUACAUGUGGAUUAAUGUUCUAUCUUGGAGAGAUGACAGAUUCAAGUUGAGCUGACCUUUUUCAUGAAAAAGUCUAAUGUUUCCAAAUCAAUCUGUAUCAGUUUCACCAUCUGAUAUGUUUGCUUUUGUGUGCUAUUCUGAAUAAACUGUUGGCUUGU